CAGUAUAAAUAACAAAAAAAAAAAGAAAAAAAAAAUCCCUCAUCCAAACACAAAUAUACCCGAACUUCAGAUCGACCGCUCUCACCGAUCGCACACACUCCUCCCCUCACCGAUCGUACAAAAAUCUCACCGAUCGCACACACUCCUCCCCUCACCGAUCGCACACACUCCCGUCACCGAUCGCUAACAACUCUCACAGAUCCCCUCACCGAUCGCACACACUCCAGUCCUCUCCUUCGCUUCGUCUCUCUACACGCUCGCUCUCUCCCUCCGCCACUCUCUCUACCGCUUCCGCCUCCUCCGCAACCACUGCUUGGUGGUGCCGGUGAUAAGUGUAGGCAGUUUGACGUGGGGUGGCAAUGGGAAGACACCAAUGGUCGAGUUCAUUGCUCGCUUCUUAGCUGACUCUGGAAUCCCACCUCUCAUUCUCACUAGGAGCAAGAGAAGGCUGGGAGUUUAUACGUGUGUGGGUGUCCGGGGACCGGGAAAUCUUUGUCGAUGGAGAAAGUGAAACAACUCUUGUUUCAUUGGGCUAAUGAGGCGAGGCAUCAGCAACCGAAUGUGUUAACCAUAAAUUGUACUUCACUGGCAAAAACGUCAGAUAUUUUUGGCAAGAUAUUGGGUGAAAGCCAACUGCGAAAGAAAGUUAAUGGUGUUACCUCUCCCUUGCAACAUUUGCAGAACUUGUACUCUCAAAAGCCCCAGCCAUCUGGCAUGAAGAUGAUGCUGAUAAUUGCUGAUGAGUUGGACUAUUUGAUUACUAAAGACCGGGCCGUUCUUCAUGAUCUUUUCAUGCUUACAACAUUCCCCUUCUCCAGAUGUAUAUUGAUAGGAAUAGCUAAUGCCAUAGACCUAGCAGAUCGUUUUCUUCCAAAACUUCAGUCAUUAAAUUGCAAACCUACGGUGGUAACUUUUCGGGCCUACUCUAAAGAUCAAAUCCUCAAGAUACUUCAUGAGAGGCUAAUGGUAAGUUCUAUGCUUCAGUUAUACCUCCCGGCAAGCAAGUGGUAUUCACUUAUAAUUUUAAUUUUGUGUUUUCAUUUGCAUCACAGUUUGAGGAACUCAAUUGUAAAUUUAACCAUGUACAAGGAAAUGGAAGGAAUUAUCAUUUUGAGAAAUAUUCUGAGGUUCUCUUAUUACACCUUUUACAGUUUUACUUUGAACAUUAGGAACCACAACAUACAGGCCCUUGACAACUUUUCUGGUUUCUUGAGUAAUAGCGGCAAAACACUAUAUAUGUAUUUAUUCUCUCUCAUAUAGGUUGAUCAAAUUGCUCAACAUUUCAACAUUUGAUGUGAAUUUAUAAUUUUAAACAUUAUCAUUGGGACCAAAUUUUAUUUUUUCUAGGUCAAAGUAGAUGACAAGGUUUUAUCCUUGAUACCCUCUCUCUCUCUCUUUGUGGUCCUAGGUUCAUUUAUUUUCUUGGCAAGUGCAAUGUGAAGUUCUUUU